AUGGCGAACUUUGAAGCUUACCAGGAGUACCAGCGGAUUGAUGACUUUGAGGAGGACUCACCUCCCGGGGAGGAGGACCUAUUAGUGCAUGUGCCAGAGGGCCUGAGUGACUCAUGGCACCAUAUCAAGAAUCUGGACAACUUCUUUACAAGAAUCUAUCAGUUUCAUCAGAAAAAUGGCUUUGCUUGUAUGAUGUUAUCAGAGUUCUUUGAACUUUUUCAGUUCCUGUUUGUGGUCACUUUCACAACAUUCCUCUUCAACUGUGUGGAGUAUGAUAUACUGUUUGCCAACCGGGCAGUGAAUCACACAGGACCUGGCCAGAACCCCCUGGACAGGAACAAGGUCUCUCUGCCUGAUGCCAUCCUACCAAGCCAGCAGUGCACUGAGAGGAUCCAGGAGAACAGUUGGAUCAUCUUCCUGCUCAUCAUGGCGACCAUCUUCUGGGUCUACCGGAUGAUCAAGGUCUUCUGCAACAUCCUCAGCUACUGGGAGAUACGCCAGUUCUACAUCAAAGCACUGAAGAUCAGCAUGGAUGAGCUGUGUAACUUCACAUGGCAGGAGGUGCAGGACCGUCUGAUCAGCCUGCAGCGGGAGCAGCAGAUGUGCAUCCACAAGAAGGAGCUAACUGAGCUGGACAUCUACCACCGCAUCCUGCGCUUCAAGAACUACAUGGUAGCCAUGGUCAACAAGUCCCUGUUACCUGUACAGCUUCAGCUCCCCCUUCUGGGAAACCUGGUGUUCCUCACCCAGGGCCUCAAGUACAACUUUGAGCUGAUUCUCUUCUGGGGUCCGGGGUCGCUGUUCCAGAACAAAUGGAACCUGCACCCCAAGUACAAGCGAGCAGGGAACCGUCUAGAGCUGGCCCAGCAGCUGAGCCGGGUCAUUCUUCUACUAGGCGUGGCCAACCUGCUCCUCUGCCCCUUCAUCCUGGUGUGGCAGGUGCUCUACGCCUUCUUCAGCUACACCGAGGUCAUCAGGAGGGAGCCAGGGAGUCUGGGAGCACGCCGCUGGUCUAUGUUCGGCCGCCUCUACCUGCGCCACUUCAAUGAGCUGGACCACGAGCUGCACGGCAGGCUAGGCCGCGGCUACAAGCCCAUCUCCAAGUACAUGAACUCGUUCACCUCGCCGCUCCUCACCGUGCUGGCCAAGAACGUGGCGUUCUUCUCGGGCUCGGUGCUGGCCGUGCUCAUCGCACUGACUGUGUAUGAUGAGGAUGUCUUGACCGUGCAGCACAUCCUGACCGCCAUCACCGUGCUGGGAGUGGUUAUCACCAUCACCAGGUCCUUCAUCCCAGACGAACACAUGGUGUGGUGCCCGGAGCAGCUGCUGCAGUGUGUGCUGGCUCACAUCCACUACAUGCCAGACCACUGGAGGGGCAACGCCAACAAGAGCGAGACCCGGGACGAGGUGGCACAGCUGUUCCAGUACAAAGCGCUGUUUAUCCUGGAGGAGCUGAUUAGCCCCAUUGUCACGCCCUUCAUUCUCAUCUUCCUCCUGAGGAACAAGUCCCUGGAGAUCAUUGACUUCUUCAGGAACUUCACUGUGGAGGUAGUUGGGGUCGGAGACAUCUGCUCCUUCGCACAGAUGGACAUCCGUCGUCAUGGAAACCCUCUGUGGAUGUCUGAGGGCCAGACGGAGGCGUCUGUGUACCAGCAGGCUGAGAACGGCAAGACUGAGCUGUCCCUGAUGCACUUCACCAUCAAGAACCCCCGUUGGCAGCCCCCCCAGGAGAGCUCAGUGUUCAUCAGCCAUCUGAAGGAGAAGGUGCACCAGGACGCCCAGGGAGGACCCCCUACCCAGCUGCUGCUCUCUGAGGCCCCGCUCUGCUCCUCACUGCUCUCCAACGGGUCCGGCAAUGAACCUGACAACCUAUUGGCAAGUGUCCUGGCCCACCCUGUGCUGACCGCGUCAGGCCUACCAGGCCGAGACCGCCGCUUCGUUCCUCCCAGCACGGCUGCCUCUGCCGCCGCCAGCGUCCUGGCCUCGCUAUCCAGCUCCCACUCUCAGCUCCCCCACGCCAGCCGCUCCCACUCGCAUAUCCAUCUGCCUUCCACCUACCCCGACAGCACCAUGUACUGCAGUGACCGCACCAUCAUCGACAGCAUGUCAGCCAGUGAUUCUCGAAUGAAGAGCACUACAUUGCUUUCAGAGUUUGCCUCGGCUGAGAUGAGUCUCCAUGCUAUUUACAUGCAUGAGGUCCACCAACAGAACUCGCUCCCCCACCAGAGGACAUUCGGCCAGUGGCAGAACCCAGUGCCAAUGAGAGAGCUAAGCAGCAACGCUGGUUCUCAGACUCACAGCGUCCACACAGCAGUCAGCCUGUCUAAUAUGCCCACCCCGCUGCGUCUGGGAGGCUGGACGGAGGAAGAGGAGGGGGAUGCAGAGGAAGAGGAAAUCCUCAACAGCGGGUCGACUCCUAAGCAGGACUCUAGGAGUAGCUAUUGAAGUGCCUUAAAUAAAUGGUGUUUACACUUUCCUUUCUGGAUGAACAUUGUGGCCUUAGAUGAUCUUUUUGGAGUAUAGGAUAGAUAGGACCUUUAUGACGUCACACAGCACAGGCAGCUGGGGAACUCAUUGGAUAACCACUGUCUCCAUGCCUCUCCUCCUAUCACAUCAGGAGGUGUUGUCGUCAGGGAAACCAACUGUAUGUCUUCCGUCCCUUUCUCCAUGUCAUUGUUUUGUUAUAGAAUGUAUUUACAUCGCUCAUAGAGGUGUGUGUGUGUGUGUGUGUGUGUGUGUGUGUGUGUGUGUGUGUGUGUGUGUGUGUGUGUGUGUGUGUGUGUGUGUGUGUGUGUGUGUGCGCGCGCUUUGGGACUCUGGGAAAGAGUGGCAUGCACAGCUAGGACACUUGCAGGACAGGCUUGAGCAUGGUACGCAGCAAAACUUGUCACACUUUUGUUGUGUAUUCAUGUUUUUUUAAUAUAUAUAUAUAUAUAAGUUUGAUUUGUGCAUUUGGGAGGUUUACAAUAUGGGUUUGGGUUCACUUUCUCAUGGUGGAAAUGGUGUCUUUCCUGGUGCUGAAGAGACUAUGGAGUGAAGGUGUAUCAUAGUAGCUGCCUGACCAUUUUCACUAUAUGAGGAAAGUUAAGUGCAAAAUUCUACAUUGGUGUAUUUGGCCCUUACUUUUUGCUUGACAUUUGUAAAUACACUUUAGCGUCUUAAUUCUAUAUGAAUAUUUAAGUUUAGUUGUUUUUAGUCCUUGGGGCAGUUUUAAUCCUUGGGGAAGAUGAAAAGUACUGAAAACAGUGACAUGAAGCAGGCUGCAACUAUACUACUGCUACUACAGAUAGGACCCCACAAGAAAAGCUGACAAAAGCCUACAGAUGGGCUAGAUUAAUUAACCACAAUUGUAAACUGGAUAAAAUCUCAUUAAAAGCUGCUGUCUGAUUUAAAUGGGCCUAAUAUUAUUCUCUUUCUUUAAAAUCCGGGGUGACUCUAAGACAGGAUUCAACAUAUAAUAACUUGAUUAUUUUGUAUCAACGUAUCUUCCAUGUACAGUCUCCACUGGCAACAGGGGUGUUAUACUUGACAAAGGUACAUACAUCAAGAUUACAUAUUUGCAGAGGCAGUAACUACAUUGUUGUGGGUAGGUAUGAGAAUAAGCAAUGGAGGGUUGCAUAUUAUGUACAGUAAAUCAAGAAGUGUUGUUGUAUACAUUAAUUUUGCAUGUACUGCUCAACAUUUUGUUUACUAAACACUUUCCCCUAUGUACACACAAGUGAACUUUAUUAUUAUUUUGCAAUUACAGCAAUCAGAUCUUGAGGGUUAAACCUGCUGGUUUUCUGUUCUACCUGAUAGUUAAUUGCACUCACUUGGUGUCCCCGGUCUAAAUUAGUCCCUGAUUAGAGGGUGCAAUGAAAAAAUGCAGUGGAACUAACUUUGAAAUCCAGAGUUGAGAUUGAGGGUUAUAGAGGAUGAUGUGAGCUGGCCAAUCAGCGGUAUACUGACAUUAAUAUUUUUAAUGACCGUUAUACACCCACACCAUUCUGUUGUUGGGGUAUGCCCACACCAUUCUGUUGUUGGGGUACGCCCACACCAUUCUGUUGUUGGGGUACGCCCACACCAUUCUGUUGUUGGGGUACGCCCACACCAUUCUGUUGUUGGGGUACGCCCACACCAUUCUGUUGUUGGGGUACGCCCACACCAUUCUGUUGUUGGGGUACGCCCACACCAUUCUGUUGUUGGGGUACGCCCACACCAUUCUGUUGUUGGGGUAUGCCCACACCAUUCCAACACAGAAUAGCAUUCUUUUUUAAAAAGAAUUUUACAUACUUCAUUCAAAAAAUGUCAAAGGAAAACAACUAUUUCACUCAUAUUGUAAUUAAUUAUAUGUCAUAUGUCAAAUCUGGAAACUGGACAGGUUUUUAAUAUAUUUCAUUUAGUAUUUAUUGUUGAAAAAUUAUCUUUAUAGUAAAUACAUUCAUACCAAAUAUGACUGGGAUCUAAUGUUAAUAACUGAAUGUCUUAACAGAAAUCUUGAAGGCGCCCCAUGUAAAUCUAACUUGUUUUCCUUAAUGUAUGUCUCAUACAACAUUGAACAAAACAGAUUUUUGGAAUCUUUUUGUUGAAUUGCCUUUGACAAAACAUAUUUGAAUAUGCAACUUUGAAAUGAAACAAUCCUUCAUGUGUGGUUCAGCACCCCUUGCUGGUUUCAUCAGUACAGUACAACUCAAAGGAGAGCGAACUUGUCUGCAUGUAAAUGCUGAAUGUAAACCAGCCAUCAUCCCUAGAAAUAAGUGGCAUGAUGUAUCAUUGGUACUGUAGCCAGAACGGCUUAUUGAAACAGUACACAAAAGCUCCAUUACUGCUACUGUAUCUAUGUCCCACUGAUACAAUAACCUAGGCCACACCUAUAUGUAUAUCUCUGUAUCCUCCACAACAUUUUAGUCAUUUAACAGCUGCUCUUAUCCAGAGCGACUUAGUUGCAAGUGCAUACAUUUUUGUUCUGGUCCCGUGGUGGGAAUCAAACCCACAACCCUAGCAUUGCAAGCACCAUGCUCUACCAACUGAGCCAAACAGGACCACUAUUGUAAGACUUUAGAGAGUAUAUGUGUUUGACAACUUUUUCCCUUCAUUUCGUUUUGUUCAUUUGUGUUUUGAAGUGGUGUGGAUGUAGACAUCAACCUAACUAUGCUAAGCUAACGUUGACUCAAAAGUUUUGCACUGAUUGAAAAAAAAAUUUAUAUUGAUUGACCUGCAUCAAACUAAAUUUUAGAUCAAGCCGAGGUCUCAAAGGAACAGUGAGUGGAACUCCCAUCCUGAAUGGCCUCUCUCACUGUGUAUUGAAUAACCAUAUGUAGGAUUGUUAUCAUCCAUAACGUGGGCCUAUCACAGACCUGGUUGUUGUUACCUCUGGUCAGAAAAAGUUCACCAAUUAGUGGGAAAUGUCUGUCAAUGUUUUAAGUAACAUUAUAGGCCUAGUCAAUGCCACAUAUGGUUUUGCUGUUGGUGUUCCAUUUUGUUUUACUGAUGUAAUGAGUUUUAGGGGAGACAUGGUAGUUCAUGAGUCUUACCAGUUUCCGUAGCUAGAUUGCACUGCCUCUCCCUAUCUUUUUUUAUUUUAUUAUUUUGCUUUAUUUUGAGCAGUGCCUUAGGGUUAGCUUUAGUUCUUAUUAGAAGCCAUUGAAACCGUCAGAGCUAAUUUUACUUUGUAUUUUAGCAGCACAUAAUGUACAGUAUUUCUUUUGGCAGGAGUGUCAUGUUUUGGCACCAAGUAUACAGUGGGAAUUGUAUUCUAAUAUUGUUGAUGAGUCCUGUGUAACAUUAACUACAACAGACUGAUAUUGGACAUCAAAGUAGUCAAAUCACUUUCACCUGAUGACAGAAUUAAUCUGAUCAAAGUGUUUCGUUCUGUACUGUCUGCCUCCCCAGUCCAAAAUAAUCAGUUGGGGAGGGGAAAUGUUCUAUACCCUUUUCAUUUAUGUUUAAUUAUUAUUUAAUUCCAUCAUUGAGGCUCCCCAUUCAAUAUCAUCCCUUCUUAUCCACUACAAACCAGUCCCCCAAAAAACUUAAACAUUUUGACUGGUACAAGGUGCUAUGUUUUCAUAUUCUAGUGUUAAAUAGAUUUUGAGCCAUCUAUUCUUUGUUACUUAGGUUUGUUCUUUUUGUUUGUUUUGUUUAAUUUAAGUAACACUAGCUGAGAAUGAACAAUGCCAAAAUAACUUGUUUUUAGCAAAGCUUUAUCAUACACAUUUUAUUUGUUUUCUGUAACUGAAUAGGCAAAGGAAUUCUUAUUGUGUGUAUUUAAUAAUUGAAGUGUGUCCCAAGAUCUAAUGUACUUGAUUUGAAAUAAAAAAUGUAAAUACA